AUGGAGAUUAAAGAAAAUCAAUACCAUAUUGUGUUGUUUCCAUGGUUAGCUUUUGGUCAUGUUAUACCAUUUCUAGAGUUAUCAAAGAGUUUAGCUUCAAAAGGUGAUAUUCAAAUAUCAUUCAUAUCCACACCAAGUAUUAUCAAAAGACUACCACCAAUUCAUCCACCGAGUUUGAAGGCUUGCAUCAAUCUAAUAUCGGUCGAUUUUCCUUCGGUCGAUAAUUUACCUGCAGGUUGUGAAGCAACCGUCGAUUUGAAAGAUGGAGAGCAAACUCAAUAUCUUAAGAUAGCAUAUGAUUUGUUACAGGUGCCGGUCGAGACACUUUUGGAUCAGAUAAAACCAGAUUUGAUUGUAUUCGAUAUUAUCAAUUGUUGGGUACCAGAUAUAGGAGCUAAACUCGGUAUUUCAACUGCAUAUUUCAGUGUGUUUUAUGCACCAUUUCUCGCUUUUGUUGGACCACCAUCCGAAUAUAAAGAGCCAAACAAAUGUCGCACGCCGGAGGAUUUAACUUCAGUACCGGAAUGGAUUCCUUUUCCUUCAAGUGUUGCAUGUCGAUACCAUGAAGCUAUAGGUAUGAAUGAAGUUAUGAACACUAAAGAUGCAACCGGACUUUCAACUGGUGACAGACAUGUAAAAGUUGUGGAAGGUUGCGACUUCAUUUUACUAAAAAGUAUUACGGAACUUGAUGGAGAUUAUGUGAACCUCCUCAAGGAUAUCUUCCAAAAACCGGUUUUAUCCAUUGGUUUACUACCCCCUCCUGCGCCGGGUUCAUCAGUUAGGAGCAACUCUGGCGAUUCAAGCAAGAAUUUUAAUUCUGAAAUGUUCGAUUGGCUUGAUGAACAACAACCAAAAACUGUUGUUUAUGUGUCAUUUGGGAGUGAAUACAAAAUGAGUAUAGAUGAGAUUCAUGAGCUAGCAUUUGGAUUGGAAACUUCCCGGCUACCGUUCUUGUGGGUACUAUGGAAGCCAGAAGGAAUUGAUCAAUCAAAUCUAUUACCAUCUGGUUUUGAGGAUAGAAUCAGAGGUAGAGGUUUUAUGUGCUUUGGAUGGAUCUAUCAGAUUCUAAUGCCAAUGAUCAUUGACCAAGGCAUAAAUGCUAGGUUCUUAGCUGACAAAGGACUCGGUUUCGAAGUUGAAAGAAAGGAAGACGGUUCUUUUACCAGAGAUGCAGUGGCAAAAGCAAUGAGGAUUCAGGUGGGAGCAAUUGGUGAGAGAUUGGUGAGUAAAACAAAGAAAUUGGGGAGAGGUUGGAGUGCGUUUUGA